AUGUCAUCGCCCCAGAGGCCGGGCAAGGCCUCCCCAAGGCGUGAGGAAGCACGAACCUCUCGCGAACCCUCGCGGCGGCGUCGCAGAGAGGCCGAUUCCGAAGCAUACAGCGAAAGUCCCACGACCUCCCCAACAUCCCACCGCCAUCGUCGCCGACGCUCACAUAGCCAGCGAAAGCACGUCGACACCGACGACGAACGUUUGGAACGGGCCACCGAUGUAAGGCGAAAGAAAAGCAUGGUGAAACCUGAACGUCGCCAAGACGACCGAGAACAGCCCAACUACCACUAUCGUCAGCGCUCCCACCACAUGAAUACAUACCCCUCCGCGACCGGACAUGAUCCAUUGCUCGAGCGGGAUGGCGAGGCGGAGACGAAUAGCUCAAGGAGCGUGGAAAUGAAGGUGAAAGAGACCGUCUACGGAGAGAAAGGGGCCACCGUUCACUCAUCAGAUCGGCCGCCCAGCCGACAUCGCUCGAAGAAGAAGAGGAGGUCGUCGCGACGAGUUUCGAAGACUGUGUCAGUCGAGGAUAGAGUGCGACAAAAGGCCAUGGAGCAGGUGCGCCCACCAGACCUAUGGACAACAUACUGUGCGCUGGUGAGCUGCUUGGUGCCGGACUUUGUUCUGAAGUGCUUCGGCAUGCCCAAGAAGGAGCAGCGUAGUGCGUGGCGAGAGAAAAUUGGGCUGAUUAGUAUUAUCCUGAUGGUUGCUGCUUUUGUCGGGUUUCUCACUUUCGGGUUCACCGCGACGGUCUGUGGGACACCACCAACUCGUCUGAAGAUUAACGAGAUUGAUAAGGGAUACAUGAUCUUUCAUGGCCAGGCCUACGAUCUGACAAAGUUUGAGCACCCAGCCGCGGCCGGUAUCCCUAACGGCUCGAAUGUCCUAUACGACUUGCCCUUCAAAUACGGCGGCCGGGAUGGGAGCUUCAUGUUCCAAGAAGUGAAUGGCGCAUGCAAAGGUCUCAUCAAGGCUGUCGAAGGUGGUGGUGUGCCGACUAACUCGAAUGGUGACUUGGGAUGGUAUUUUCCAUGUCAAGCAUUCAACCAAGAUGGCACCGGUGAGGUGAACGACACCUUGAUAGACGAGUACUAUCUGGGUUAUGCCUGUCAUACCAGCUCCGCCGCGCGGAGGCCUUUCUGGAAGUUGAAACCGGACGGCGAUGUGUACUUCACUUGGGAAGACACGAAGAACAAAAGCCGAAACCUGGCUGUUUACUCGGGCAGCGUGCUGGACCUUGACCUUUUGCGCUGGUUCAACACAUCCCAGGUAACAUACCCAGCCAAGUUCGACAACCUCCGUACCAACCCUGACGUACGAGGCAUUGAUCUCACGUACUAUCUCCAGGGUGGCGAGGAGAAGCAAAUUGGCCAGUGUCUGACACAGAUCGUCAGGGUAGGCAGCAUCGACACAGAUACUGUGGGCUGUAUCGCUUCCAAGGUUGUGCUUUACGUCUCCCUGAUCUUCAUUCUCUCCAUCGUGAUUGUCAAAUUCGGGUUCGCAGUACUCUUCCAGUGGUUCCUGGCGAAGAAGUUUGAGCCCCAAAGCACAUCGAUGCCUUCAGACUCCCGAACCCGAAACCAACAGAUUGAAGACUGGUCAAAUGACAUCUACCGGCCGGGUCCUCGGAUGGCCGAUCCUCCAGUCCCCAGCGGCAUGAGCAAGCGCGCGAGCUUCCUCCCUACCACAUCUCGGUUUUCCAGUCCAUACACCGCAAGCAGUGCAGGUGGCAGCAAGCAGCGUCCGCACUAUGUCACCAUGGCCAGCCAAAAUUCCACCACUCGCCUCAUGCCAAGUUCUACGGCCACUCCGACGAUUUACAAGCAAAGCCACAACAGUAGCGGUGGUACGCUGGACAAUCGACACGCCGCAAGUAGGACCAGCUUAGCUACCCCCGGUCAGCUAGAAUCUGGAUAUAACGUCGUUUCCGAUUAUGACGGCGCAGGUCCAGCUGGAUCCAUUCACGAGGCAGUGGUUCCACAGCCACCGCCGGAAUGGCAGCCCUUUGGCUUCCCGCUGGCACAUGCAAUCUGCUUGGUGACCUGCUAUUCCGAGGGUGAAGACGGAAUCCGAAGCACGCUCGACUCGAUCGCUAUGACCGACUAUCCCAACAGUCACAAAACAAUCUUGGUGAUCUGUGACGGGAUCAUCAAAGGAAAAGGAGAAGAGUUUUCCACCCCCGAUAUCGUGCUCAGCAUGGUGAAGGACCAUGUCGUUCCCCCUGCGGAGGUGCAGCCUUUCUCGUACGUGGCCGUGGCUACUGGUUCCAAGCGUCACAACAUGUCCAAGGUCUACACGGGAUUCUACGACUAUGGUGAAACGUCGAUCAUCCCUCCGGAAAAGCAGCAGCGCGUUCCAAUGAUGGUCAUUGUCAAGUGCGGCACCCGCGACGAGGCGAAAGCUGCGAAGCCCGGAAACCGAGGCAAGCGUGACAGUCAAAUCAUCCUUAUGUCCUUCUUACAGAAGGUCAUGUUCGACGAACGUAUGACGGAACUCGAAUUCGAAAUAUUCAACGGCCUUUGGCAGGUGACCGGCAUCCCCCCUGAUUUCUACGAGGUUGUCCUCAUGGUGGAUGCCGAUACCAAGGUCUUCCCGGAUAGUCUCACGCACAUGGUUUCUGCCAUGGUCAAGGAUCCGGAAGUCAUGGGGCUUUGCGGCGAGACUAAGAUCGCAAAUAAGACCGAUAGUUGGGUCACUAUGAUUCAGGUCUUUGAAUACUUCAUUUCGCACCACCAAGCCAAGUCCUUCGAGUCCGUCUUUGGCGGUGUUACCUGUCUUCCCGGUUGUUUCUCCAUGUAUCGCAUCAAAGCUCCCAAGGGCGGCCAGAACUAUUGGGUGCCGAUUCUUGCCAACCCUGACAUUGUAGAACACUACUCCGAGAACGUCGUGGACACAUUGCACAAGAAGAACCUGCUCCUGUUGGGUGAGGAUCGAUACCUGACCACCCUGAUGCUCAAGACCUUCCCAAAGCGCAAGCAGAUCUUCGUCCCCCAGGCAGUGUGCAAGACUGUCGUCCCCGAUAAAUUCAUGGUCCUGCUGUCUCAACGUCGUCGCUGGAUCAACAGUACCGUGCACAAUCUGUUCGAGCUGGUUCUCGUCCAGGACUUGUGCGGAACCUUCUGCUUCAGCAUGCAAUUCGUCAUCUUCAUUGAACUGGUCGGAACCCUUGUGCUUCCCGCGGCUAUCUCAUUCACCGUCUACGUCAUAGUAUCCUCCAUCGUCAAGAAGCCUGUCCAAGUGAUCCCCCUGGUGUUGCUAGCGCUGAUUCUCGGUUUGCCCGGUGUUUUGAUCGUCAUUACGGCCCAUCGACUCGUCUAUGUGUUGUGGAUGUUCAUUUACCUGCUUUCCCUUCCCAUUUGGAACUUCGUCCUUCCGGUGUACGCCUUCUGGAAGUUUGACGAUUUCAGUUGGGGCGAUACCCGCAAGACGGAUGGCGAAAAGGACAAGGGCCACGGCGGUGCCGAGGGCGAGUUUGAUAGCACCAAAAUCACGAUGAAGCGCUGGCGCGAUUUUGAAAGAGAACGACGGUUACGAAAUAAUGCUUGGCACCAGGCCCAUGCGAACGGCUAUGGUCAUUACGAUACUUACUCGGAUUAUUGA